CCGGGUCGGCUGAGAUAAGACUUAAGAUCAGUUUUAUUGAUCCUCACAGGAUGUUGGAUGUGAAAAAAGGUGCAGGACCUGACUCUGAGCUCAUCACGUUUUCGUGACGGAGUCCUCAGUGGGCCCCCAGGACCAAGUUCAGUUUGGACUCCUCUUGUGGUCCUGUUACUGUCGUCUGAUUGGUCAUCUGUUACCUGUCUGUCAGCAUGCAGCUGACCUAUCAGAAGCUGCCGGCUCAGCUGAGGCAGAGCUCCAAGCUCAGGAAGCUGUUGGCCUUGCUACUCGCCACCUAUGCUGUCAGAAAACUGUCCCCGUUCGUCUGGAGGAGGAUACAGAGGUAUGCAGUUGGUAAAAGGGUGGGUAAGGACAACCUCCCUGUGGGCGUGGCCACCUCCACCCGCAGCUCCUUGGAGAACAGCAGAGGGAGGAAGAAAAGCGACAGCAGGUCUCCGGCAGUGAACAGGGACUUUGUCCUCAGGCUGUCUCGUCUGUUAAAGUUCCUGUUUCCACGCUUCCUGUGCCCAGAGGUCGGUCUGCUCGCUCUGCACUCACUCACUCUCAUGUCCAGGACCUUCCUAUCCAUCUACGUCGCUGCUCUGGACGGUGCGAUAGUGAAGUGUAUCGUACAGAAGGACCCUCGGGCCUUCGUGCUGCAGCUCUCUAAGUGGCUUCUCGUCGCAGUUCCUGCAACUUUCAUCAACAGUGGCAUCAGGUUCCUGGAGGGUCAGCUGAGCCUUAGCUUCAGGAGCCGAUUGGUCAGCCAUGCCUACCAGCUGUACUUCUCCAACCAGACUUACUACCGUGUCAGUAACAUGGACGGUCGACUGUCUAACCCUGAUCAGUCUCUCACUGAGGACAUCGUCAUGUUUUCAGCCUCCAUCGCCCACCUCUACUCCAACCUGACCAAACCCAUCCUGGACGUGGUGGUCACCUGCUACACCCUGCUGCGCACCGCUCAUUCUAAAGGGGCAAACACCACAUGGCCAUCGGUCAUUGCUGGCCUGGUGGUCGUGCUCACUGCCAAGGUUCUGCGCUCCUGCUCACCUCAAUUUGGGAAGCUAGUAGCUGAGGAGGCGAAGAGGAAGGGAGAUCUUAGAUACAUGCAUUCUCGAAUCAUCACCAACUCUGAGGAGAUUGCGUUUUAUGGAGGACACAAGGUGGAGAUGGCCCAGCUGCAGAGGAGCUACACAUCUCUGUCCUCACAGAUUCACCAGAUCUUGCUGAAGCGGCUUUGGUACGUCAUGUUGGAACAGUUCCUCAUGAAGUACGUGUGGAGCGCCUCCGGCCUGGUGAUGGUCGCUGUGCCCAUCAUCACCGCCACAGGAUACUCUGAGUAUGACUCGGAGGAGGUGAAGCAGGCAGCCAUGGUGAUGAAGGAGGAGGAGCUGGUGAGUGAGAGGACUCAGGCCUUCACCAUAGCAAGAAACCUCCUCAACGCUGCAGCCGAUGCUGUAGAGAGGAUCAUGAGCUCCUACAAGGAGGUGACAGAGUUGGCAGGUUACACAGCGCGGGUGUCUGAGAUGUUGGACGUCUUUGAAGAUGUGAAUCAGGGUAUCUACCGCCGCUCUGCAGACAGAGACGAGGAGCUGGCGGCAGCAGCAGCAGCAGGAGGAGGAGAAGGAGGAGCUGCGGUUCAACAUGGUCAGAGAGUCUGUGGUCGACUGGAGAUCAGAGGUCAGGUGAUCAGUGUGGAGAAGGGGAUUCGUUGUGAGAACCUGCCCAUCAUCACACCGACCGGAGAUGUGGUGGUGUCCAGCCUCAACAUGCAGGUGGAUGAGGGCAUGAACGUGUUGAUCACAGGUCCAAACGGCUGUGGAAAGAGUUCACUGUUCCGCAUCCUCAGUGGACUGUGGCCAGUCUAUGGAGGAGUCCUAUACCGUCCGGAACCACAGCACAUGUUUUACAUCCCUCAGAGGCCCUACAUGUCAGAGGGGACUCUCAGAGACCAGGUGAUCUAUCCAGACUCAGCAGAGGAGAUGGUUCAGAGGGGGGUCACAGAUUCGGAUCUGGAGGAGAUCCUUCGGACCGUCCACCUGGUCUACAUCCUGGACCGAGAGGGAGGCUGGGAGUCUGCCAGCGACUGGAAGGAUGUUUUGUCUGGAGGAGAGAAACAGAGGAUGGGGAUGGCUCGCAUGUUCUACCACCGCCCUCGUUAUGCCCUUUUGGACGAGUGUACGAGCGCCGUUAGCAUUGACGUGGAGGGAAGCAUCUUCCAGGCUGCAAAGGAUGCUGGGAUAGCUCUGCUGUCGAUCACACACAGGCCGUCCUUGUGGAAGUACCACUCCCACCUGCUGCAGUUUGAUGGAGAGGGUGGAUGGAGGUUUGAGCCACUGGAUGCCUCUACUCGUCUCUCUCUGCAGGAGGAGAAGCAGCGCCUGGAGACCCAGCUGUCUGGGAUCCCUAGAAUGCAGCAGAGACUGUUACAGUUGUGUGUCCUGCUGGGGGAGAGAGAGGAGGAAGACUGAAGAUGAUGAAGAGGAAUUCACUCUGCUGUUUGCUAGUCAACAGGUCAUGUGACUGAACCUGAUGUUACCUCCCUGUGCCAGUGAUGCAUCAGUCCAACAUCUGGUCUUUACGUCAAGAUGUCUUUUUACCAGUUGCUGUCCCGUUGCAGUAAACUGGUGAACCUCCAGAACAUAAAUUAUAUAAAAAUUGGGGUGCCCUGAUGUGAAGCCGAUCGUAACUAAUUGAUGAUACUGAUCUAGAGAGCACAAUAGAUUGAUACAUUUUCUAAUACAAAGUAAAUAAUGAUUUUCUGAUCGCUCGUGUAAGGAUCUGAGUGGUUUGAUGUUCUGUCAGCCAUGUUGGUCGGUCUCAAUUUACCCAGAAUUCAUAGGUAGUGAAGAGGCUCGUUCGAGAUGAAUUUCUCCUCUGCUGCAGCAGGCGGAGAUCGCGAAAAUCUGCAGUGAAGACGGCCAGUUUAGGAGCUUUCCAGCAGCCUUCAGUCUGCACAGGACACAGAAACCUGCACCCUGUUAGGUCUCAACCUGACUUAAGAAAAGACAUGUGAAGUGCAACUCAGUCACAUGACUCAGAGCUCACAUGCUCAGGUCAUGUGACUAAGUGCAUCUGAUUUUUAAAUUGUGCCAUUUGAAUCUUUUAUUGUUUGUACAAUCUGAUGUUUUUACUGGAGCUGAUAGAAAAUACAGUAUUGUUCAAAACAAUAGCAGUACAAUGUGACU